AUGGAUUCGGAAGAAGUAAAGCUGGAGGAGAAGUGCGAAAAUCUCAUGAACGUUGUCGUUGAAUCACGGAAGAGGUUCGGAAAAAUGUGUGUGGAGUACGAACAAAAAACCUCGCUGAUGGAGAAUAAAAUGUUGAAUUUACAACUGGAAACAAUAUCGAACUACAGAUUUAAGUCUAAGAAUUCCAUUCCGCACAUAGAUGUGGAUGAUAUGAAGGAGGACGUAGAUAUUUUUGCCACUGAGAUUCUAGAAAGACAAAGAAGAAUAGAGAAUCUAAAGAAGAAUCUGAGAAAUGUGCAACUCGUUGCAUUACAGUUGAAGGAAGAUAGAAUCGGACGGAAACUUCGUGAGCCAUUAACUGCUGAAGACAUGUUAUCUGUUGCAAAAAGUAAUAUCUUACAG